AUCAAAGGGGACUCUUCUAAUUAUAUCCUAUCCUCCAGGCUUAAACACCUGAACCAUAGAUUAACUUGAUCUCUAUUACUGCUAGAGAAUUUGGAGAGAAAAAGAUAGAGAACGAUGAUUGUUCAACCAGUAGAAAAGAUUCACAUAAUUUCUAUACUAAUCCUGUGUUUAGCACAAGCUCUAUCAUUGCCACUGGAGCCUUGUCAAUAUAAAUGUGGUGAUGUUUAUUUCCAAUUCCCAUUUGGAAUUGGAAAAGGCUGUUAUCUGAAUGAGAGUUUUGAGGUAACUUGUAAUAACUCUUUUGUAGCUCCAAGACCUUUCUUAACUCGCAUCAAUAUGGAAUUGCUGGACAUUCCAACAUCAGGACAAGUUCAAGUCAACAAUCCAAUAAUUUAUUCGGAUUGCAUUGACAAAGCCUUUAAUCGUACAGGGGUCUCCCUAUCAGGCAGCCCUUUUGUGUUUUCAAAUGCUUCUAACAGGUUCACAGCCAGGGGUUGUGACAACUAUGCUAUGCUUGUCCAGGAUAUAAACAAUACAGUUGGUGGAUGCCUGUCAAUUUGUCGUGGCGGAGCUAAUACAAGAGGGUGCUAUGGCAUCAACUGCUGCCAGGCGACCAUUCCUCCUUAUAUACAGUCUUUUGAAGCAAACAUGACGAACCCUUUUAGCAGCAGGGAUGAUAGCAGCAGCUGCAAGUCCGCCUUCAUAGUUGACCAAGACUGGUUUGCGUCAAGAAACCUUGAUGAUCUGAACCGUUUGGAAAAUGUCCCUGCAACGCUUGACUGGGCAACUGAUCAAGGUUAUUGUGAUAUCAGUCGAGAGCCAAACAUUGUUUGUACCUCUGACCGCAGAUAUUGUUGGAAAGAGCUCAAAAAGAAUCAAGUCUGCAUUUGUGCUGGAUGUCAAGAUAUUGGCAGGUGUACAGAUCCACGGGAAAAUUAUAGAUGUCGAUUGUAUUGUAUGUAUACACCAGGAAGCUACAGUUGCUCGUGUCCUUAUGGGUAUGAAUCUCUUGGCAAUGGCAUCAGAUGUUUGCCACCAUAUUUCUGGUCAGGCAAAAGUUCUCGAGCCAAGUUCAUCAUUAUAGGCUGUGCAUCAGGUCUUGGAUUGCUGUUAUUUCUUAUCAGUUUAUGGUUGCUGUACAAGUUAAUAAAGAGAAGAAAGGCCAUGAAGCUCAGGCAGAAGUUCUUCAAAAGGAAUGGUGGGUUGUUAUUACAACAACAACUGUCUUCUACAGAAACUAAUGUUGAGCAAACAAAACUAUUUACUUCCAAGGAAUUAGAGAAAGCAACCGAUUAUUAUAAUCUUAACAGGAUCCUUGGCCAAGGAGGUCAGGGAACUGUUUACAAAGGAAUGUUGACAGACGGGAGAGUUGUAGCUAUCAAGAAAUCGAAAGUAGUGGAUGAAGACAAGCUUGACCAAUUCAUCAAUGAGGUGGUGAUCUUAUCACAGAUUAACCAUAGAAAUGUGGUGAAACUAAUUGGAUGCUGUCUGGAGACGGAAGUUCCUCUACUAGUUUAUGAGUUCAUCCCUAAUGGAACGCUCUUCCAGUAUAUUCACAACCAAAAUGAAGAGUUUCCUAUUACAUGGGAAAUGCGGUUACGAAUUGCUACAGAAGUUGCAGGUGCUUUAUUUUAUCUGCAUUCGGCAGCUUCUAUACCUAUUUAUCAUCGCGAUAUCAAGUCUUCAAACAUUCUUUUGGAUGAAAAGUAUAGAGCAAAAGUAGCAGAUUUUGGGACUUCAAAAUCAAUUUCAAUUGAUCAAACACAUGUGACCACUAGAGUACAAGGAACGUUUGGAUACUUGGAUCCUGAGUACUUCCAAUCAAGCCAAUUUACAGAAAAAAGUGAUGUUUAUAGCUUCGGAGUAGUUCUUGUUGAGCUUUUAACUGGACAAAAACCUAUUUCUUUUACACGGUCCGAUGAAGGGAGAAGUUUGGCUACAUACUUUCUACUUUCCAUGGAGGAGAAACAUUUGUUUGAGAUUCUUGAUGCUCAAGUUGUCAAAGAGGGAGGGAAAGAUGAGAUUUUUGCAAUUGCUAAACUUGCACAAAAAUGUUUGAAUUUAAAUGGAAAGAAGAGACCUACAAUGAAGACAGUGGCAAUGGAAUUAGAAGGGAUUAGAGCAUCUCAGGGAGCUUCUUGCACCAUUAAUGAGGAAGAUUAUGAAGAGCUUGAUUAUGCUAUAGGUGACUGUAAUACAGCGCCAUGGGAUGUUACUUCAUCUUCAACUAGGAUCAGAGGCACAAAUUGUUAAAAUGACUUUCAUGUCAAGACUGUGCCAUUACCGAUUGCAAACCUAAUUUCAACAGAUAGCAAGCAAUGGUCGCGAGCAAGAAGUCCAUUGUUUCUGCUUUUGUUAACAAUGUCAGGGGUCGGCUUCUGCAUUCAGGCGCUCAUUUGCCCAAUAGCAAUGCAACUGGUCACUGGAAUGACUCUAAAUGCGAAUCAUCUAAAAGGGUCUGUUAUGUUUGAUGAGAUAAUGUCGAGAAGGUCGGUCCAUUGUGUUUAGAAAAGUGAAGAAUCUUACUAUAGCUUGACAUGCCGCGGAUUUUCUUGAAAGAGAAGUGUGCCUUUAGGAACGCAAACACAGGUAAAACGAAAUCCGGAUAAAUACCAAUGCCUAUUACAGGCAAAAGGAUAGAGAUCGAAACAAAUAUUGCUGUUUCCUAUAUGAUUAUGUAUAGUAAACUUGUUUUGCUUAUGUUGUGCAUGUGUUAAUGCUAGGUAUGGGAUUUGACUCUGUAAUUUGUUU